UCAGUGACGGAUAAAAGUUUGAUCCAUUCUUCACAGAUGAGUGGAAACUUGGAGAACUUUGUUAUCUUGCUCCCUGAUGUUGCCUUUACAACAACACAGAAGUCAAAAGAGUCUUUACUCCAACUGGCAUCGCACGUUUUGAAAUCAAGCCAAACUCCAUAGUGUUUGUGGCUGAACUGUGGAUGGAGAUGAUGAGGAACUCUCAGUUUCUUCACCUCUUCCUUGUUCCCAUUGUGUUUUCUCUACUUUCGCUCCUCCUUUGUCGAGUAUCGGCCAGUUCAGGCUCGGACCAUGACUACAGAGCGCAACCACGCUUCGUUUGCACCCCUCUUCCCGUGGAUGCAGACCCUGCCUGCUUCCCCACAGCGAGUCCAAGCGCAGGUCCAACAGGGCCCAGUGGACCAGGCUAUCAAAAUGCGCCUCCUGCUGGAUGGUGGGGGGCGAGCGAGGAGGCCAAGGCCACCAUCCUCCACCUGAGGGAGAGCCUUGUGCAGCAGAAAGAGACCAUCCUGGACCAGAGGGAGACCAUCAGGGAGCUGACGGCCAAGCUCACCCUGUGCGAGGGCUUUGGCCGCGGCGUGGCGCCUCAUGAUGAGCACCACAGCACAGCCUCACACUCCCACCACGCAGGGGCGGCCAGUCAUCACACUAACACUGACCACGGGCACCAUAGCAACCAGCAGGGUCACCAUGGGAACAGCAACCUCAUACCAGACUCGCCGCACCGCCCCUCUGUAGGGGGCCAACGAUCUGAUGGAGGUCACAGCAGCAACAACCAGGGGAAGGAUAAACAUGUGGCACCGGGGGAAAUCUCAUCGUCACCAGAGCAGAUGGAGAGGAUGCUGCAGGCGCUGAAGGAGAGGCUGGACAACUUACAGAAGAGGAACACGUCCAUCGCCUACUCCAGCUCCCUGAAGGAGCUGCUGCAGAGGAAGAUCAACACUCUGGAGGAGCAGCUGCACCAUCGCACCGCCGCCCUCAACAGCCCCGAGCACCACGACGACAGCGGCCAUCACGACGACGACCGCCACGGUGACAGACACCCAAGCGACCACGACGACCACAACGACGGCCACCACGAUGAUCACGACGACAGUGGGAACCACGACGAUCACCACGAUGACGGCCACAAUGCACAAGAUGGUCAUCAUGACGACCAUGAUGAAGAUGAUGAUGAUGAUGAUGAUGACCAUCACGAUAAUGAAGCAGACAGUCAAAGUUACCUUUCACACACAGGAUACAGAGCUCCAGGGCCUCGAACUGGUUUCCACUCAAAUAAACUGGAGACAGUGCUCAACCAGCUGCACUUCACAGGUUCCAGCAGUCCUGAUGCUUUCCAGAUCAGCUUCCCCAUGAGAACUAAUUACAUGUACGGGCGGCUGAAGAAGACUCUGCUGCAGGAGAUCUUCGCUCUGACUCUGUGUCUCUGGAUGAAGGCGGGUGCUGGACACGACCUGGGGACGCCCUUCUCUUACUCUGCCCCCGGACAGGCCAAUGAACUAGUGCUGAUUGAGUGGGGGAACAACCCCUUAGAGCUGCUGAUCGACGACAAGGCAGUGACGUUGCCUCUUUCUGUGAGUGACGGGAAGUGGCACCAUGUGUGUGUGACCUGGUCAACCCGGGACGGACAGUGGGAGGCCUACCAGGACGGAGUGCAGAGAGGGUCCGGGAUCAAUCUGUCUCCCUGGCGCCCCAUCAGACCUGGAGGGGUCUUCAUCCUCGGACAGGAACAGGACACACUGGGAGGGCGUUUCGAUGCCACUCAGUCAUACGUGGGUGAGAUGUCCGACCUCCACAUGUGGUCUAACGUCCUGAGCGCCAGUGACAUCUACAGCCUGGCCUCCUGCGGCAGCUACCUGAGAGGAGACGUCAUCGCAUGGUCCGACGCUGAGGUGGAGCUUCACGGAGGAGUUGCCAGAUAUCCCUUUGACCCCUGUCACUGAGAGGCCAGCGAAGGGGGGGGCUGCAACAUAAUGAGAAUAACUGAUACAGAAACAACAGAGAGUGAAGACGGUCCCUUUGAUAGGAUGAUCCCUCAACUGCUUCACUCUUUGAAUCUUUGCCUUGAUCUUAGCUUCAUCAGUGACUCUUUAAUAAAAAAAUAAAACAUUUCAAAUUAAACAGACUGGUCUGUGUUUACAGAUUGUGUGUAGGGACUGUGGUGCUGUUGGAUCUUAGUGACUGACCAUAAUCGAAUGCGUUCAUGAACUAGUGUUUUAUUUUAAACAGAUAAGUGCUGUAUGUGACAUAUUGUCAUAUUGUUAAUAAGACUGUGGCGUCUGUGAUCAUGUUCACAGACCUUUGUGAGUUCUGUUGUGGUGAAGUGACAAAGUAUUAUCUUGUUAGUAUGAUACUGAUAGAAAUCUUUUUUCUACUCUGGAUUCUCUUUUUUCUAAAAGGUUUCCACUGAUGAUAUACAGCUAACUUACCAAAGAAACUGUAGAAUUACUGUUUUUAUCAUCUGUAGAUAAACAUGUUAUUUUUGAAAGAAAUAAUGAGAAGUCAGUCAGAUUUUGUUUUACAGAAUCUGCUGGUUUUUACUUACAGGGGCUAUUUAAUACAGGGACUAGAUUUACUAAUUAUUAUUAAUACAUGGAUUCCUGUCACAAUUGUAUAUUGCAAAAGGGCUUCAUUAAGAAAAUAAGUGUAUUACAAGAUUUUUUUUAACUUUUGUAUAUUGUACGAUGCUAAACAGAUCACUGAUAUUUCUCAUUUUAUUUUCAAUUUGAUUUUAACUUGAAAUCUGACUGAUGUGUUUUGUGUUAUAAGGUCAUUGCUCUGUGGCUUUAAUUUCUGAAAUGAUCUGUUACUCUUCUGUAUAUAAAACCCUUA